AAAGCAAUAAAAAGGCAAAAACCCAAUAAAAUCUCGUCUCGCCUGCAGCCCCGUCGCCCACCCCAUUUCCACGCGUCGUCGCCGCCUUCCGGCGAGUCCAGUCAGCCCCCGCCACGCCGGCGAAGCUUCCUGACCCCGCGGCGGUUCCGAUAAGGCGCAAAAGCCCAAACAAAAACCCAAUAAAAUCUCGCCUCGCCUGCAGCCCCGUCGCCCACCCCAUUCCCACGCGUCGCCGCCGCCUUCCGGCGAGUCCGGCCAGCCCCUGCCACGCGCGGCGAAGCUUCCUGACCCCGCGGCGGUUCGGAUAAGGCGGUCGUCGCCGCCCGCUCCCUUUCGUCCCCACUCCUCUUCGGCCCCGGGACCUAAUCGGGCUGGAUCUAGGGUUGCGUGGGGAGGGGUUCUGGAAGCCCCCACCGCGAUGGAGGCGGCGGCCGAUCCUGCCGGCGACGCCCACACCUUCAAGGCCGACUUCACCGCCACCGGCGUGGAGCUGCUCCGGGGUUGCGUGCGGGAGAAGCUGCGCGAGUUCAUGAGCGGCCCCGACGACACCCUCGUGGAUUACGUUAUUCUCUUGCUUAGGAAUGGAAGAUGCAAGGAUGAGGCCAGUAAGGAGCUCAAUGUAUUUCUAGAGGAUGAUAGUGCAGUAUUCGUUUCCUGGUUAUGGGAUCAUCUUUCUUUACAUUUGCACCUUUAUGUGCAAGCACAAGAAGAAGACCAGGAGAUAAAGGAUGCUGAGGCCCCCAAAGAAGUAUCUGGGAGACAAAAAUCAUCAGAGGUGCUCUCAAAAACCAAAGGUCAAACUCAUUCUGAGCUAGCAAUUGAAUCAAGUACGACAACUAGAAGACGGAAUAAGAGGGAAUGGAAAGGAAUUGGUCGGGAGGGUAAUGAAAAUUUUCCACUUCGAAGUGUGCUAACCGAUAUUCUUCACGGAGAGGAGAAAAGAUCGCAAAAGUCUAAUGAAAUACAACGCCCUCCAUCAAAACAACAGAAUGGCAGGAAGCGUGACAGGGAUGAUGAACCACAGCAAACGAAGAGGGACUUGUCUUCACGUCCUAUGAUUGGUGGUGGUGCUUCACGUCGUCUUCUACAGUUCGCUGUUCGUGAUGCUGUAAAAGCUGUACAGCCAGCCAGCAGCUCUACUGAACCAGCAUCCAAGCGUCUACGCUCUGUGGUUUCCACAGCAUCUGCAGACAAACUGCAUGAUAAGAGACCAGAAAGAUCUCAAGACAACCUGAAUGAUAGAAGAUCAGAAAGAACUAGGCCAAUUCUACAGGCUCAAGGAGCUGCUUUAGCUCUCAGAGCUGCUGCCAAGGCUGCUGCAGAUUCUACGAAAGUUAGAUCUACUGGAACUGUUUUCAAGCGAUUGGGUCAAGGGAAUAUUGUCAGACAGCCAUCUCGUGAAGAGAAGAGAGAUUAUGAAGAUUUUGAACCAGUAACCACUGUAGAUGAACAUGAUUCUGAUCAAUAUGAUAAUGAUGAGGAAUCUGGAGAGCUGACCAUGGCAGAUAGGGAAGCUGAAAUGAAUGUUGAUUCUACCUCUGAUGAUGAUGUGAACCAAGAUGACGAGAUUACAAGAUACCAAAGUUCUGGUUCACAUGAAGGUGCUUUCUCAUCGUUUGUAGAGAAGAAAGCUUUAUUGGUGAAAUGCAGUGUUGAACCAGAGACCAAUGCAAUAAGGCCAUCAAGUGUGAUCGAUGAAGAGCAACUUGUUUCUUCAUCGACUACAACAGCAAGUAAAACUGUGGCUAUUCCUGUUGAUGUGAAUACUGUGGAACCUCUCAAUUAUGAAACACCAAAAGAUGUUCAUGUUGUGGAGAAGCCUUACAUCACACCCAUGAAUGCAAAUGUCACCAGUAUGGCUAGCAAUGUCAAAGAAUUGGGUCGUGCAGAAGUUCAAAAGGAUUCUCCGCGGUCUGCACAGUCUGUUGCAGUUUCAUAUAGCACAGCGCAUCCGAUCGAGGAUGCGGAUUCAAGAACCCUCUAUGUCAGCAAUGUUCACUUUGCUGCCACCAAGGACUCAUUAUCUCGCCAUUUCAACAAGUUUGGUGCAGUACUGAAAGUAGUCAUUGUCACUAAUGCUGCAACGGGGCAGCCAACAGGAUCCGCAUAUGUAGAGUUUUUACACAAAGAAUCAGCUGAACGAGCUUUGUCAUUGAAUGGCACAUCAUUUAUGACUCGUAUUCUCAAGGUCGUCCGGCGAAGUUCUCAUGAAGCUGCUCACUUUUAUGGUUGGCCUGGUAGUGGACGAUCAUCAUUGUAUGCUAGGCAUGGUAGAAUGGCAUACCCAAGGGCUGUUCUCCCUGGCAGUUCCUUUAGAGGGCGUGCUCCGAUGAAAGCGGGUGCUAGAAGUUUACAGUGGAAACGUGAACCUUCAGGCACUAAUUCAAGUGCAGGUACGAAACCUGACAUGAGUGUGCCGUUGUUUUCUGAACAGGUGCUCCCUCCUGCCACAUAGUGGUGCAUAUUAUAGUUGAGCUGAUAAUGAGAACCAAUUGGUAUCUUGCCUGUCGCCCCGAAUGUUUGAAUCAGGACAACAAGCUGAGAAGACUGUUCCUGCAAACCUACUGUUUUGUAAAAAGUCCCAAAAAAAAGCAUGAAAAAUACAAAAAGCUAAAAAAAAGAAAAUGGGGGAGGAGAUUGGCAUCUGAAUAUGAUAAGCUACCAUGCUGAUUAUUGGAGUUAGUCCUCUUCUUGCGCGAGCAGUUUUCUUCAUACUCCAGCCAUCUGAAAGAAGCUUAGUCACAGUUGAAAUAAUUGCAACCGUCCUGGUUGUAUUGGUGGUCUCAUGGACAAGGAUUGAUGAACAUAUGCUUCUAACUGUGGGAUGGCAGAUGCAUAUCAAAUUGACCAAGACGAGGAGCAGUUUAUGGACAAGAUAUUUAGCGACAAUCUGCGCUUCAUCGAUGUAAGCUUCAAUUGUAUAGCAACAACCAAUCUAUUUGUACUCUUCUCUGGAUCAGUCUCUUUCCCAACAAAAAAAGUAAAAAAGGAAAACAAAAGUUUACCUCUUUUUGUUUUUUCUAAUGAACUGUGCUAUUUAAUGUACCGAUAUCACUUUUUUAGUUGAACAUUAUUUUGUGUCAAA